UUUUGUGUUGGAAACGCCCAAACUUUUAUCAAUAAAAUUUGUAUCUCUGAUAUUGAAAAGGGGGUUCAAGAAAGGAAUUCUAAGGGAACGACUCGCAAACUAAAUUUAUCUGCAAUUCGAAGGAAAGAGGUAUUGAGAAUAAUUACUCCGGUAGGAUUCGAGCCAGGGCCCUCCACUUGGUCAAACACAAUGGUCAUAUCACAAGACCACAAAACAGACGUUCCUUCCUUAGCAGAUUAGCAGGGGGUGAAGCAGCGAUAGUCAAUUGCCAUCUCAUUGGCUGUAACAGACAAUUGCAGAGGUCAACUUUGAUUCCUAUUGGUUGGCUGAACCGCUGCAGAGGCAAGCUCGGCUUCUGAUUUGCUAAAUCAAAUCACACCUAUGCUCCCGCCAAAGACUGCAGAGGUGAAGUACACUCUGAUUGGCUUACAAGACGUUUGCAGAGGUCAAGCCAGCGGUGAUUGGCGCUCGAGGGACAAACAAGUUUCUGGAUUCAGAAAAUACGGACCAGAUAAAUGCCUAGAAUCGCCAUUCGACUAUUCUGUACAGAGGCCGAAAGGUAGUCAGCAAAAUAUAUGCCCUGCUGUCUUCUGCAUGUUGUUGGUAUCAACGCGGGCGGAUCUAGGGCGGACGUUGCUGAAGAAUUUGCCAAAGAAACUAUUGAUUAAAAGUUUUGAUAGUUUCUAUUUUAUUUUGUUGUUGUGAAAGUCUGACUUAUGCUUCUGCAUAGGUUGCUGUAGUCUGGAUCCGCCUCUGCAUACACAGGUUUAAUUUCUGGAAGCUGUCUUUUGAAUUUUUUGCAUUACCAUAGAUGUUAUUUGUUUUCUUCAUGUAAUAGGAUCCCGUCCUAAAAGUUACAAAGUGGAGGGGCUGUUCUGCAUGCAAUCUGCUCGCAAUCUGCACGCUACUUACUUCUAUAAACCACACUCAAGACCACACAUUCAGAAGGCUAAAAGAAAUUGUUCAUUCAUGGAAAAUCAAAGUGGAAUUGCGCCCUCCGUCUGGUUUCGUCUACGGAAGAGCUCCUUCGGCUUUCGCGACGUUCUUCCAUUGAUUGGCAGGUUUUCUAAGAAGUGCAACAGCAACCGACGCACCGAUAGCAGAAGACAAAAAAUGGCGGACGACACGAAUGUGUCUUCAACACAAAAGAUAGUUCGAAUUACCCAAGAAGAACUAGAGCAGUCCACGAACCUUGGUAGUCCAGAGCAUGUUCAUCUAAACAAUAAAUCAAGGAAACAUUCAAAUAGCCGUGCAGAGGCAAGGAAAGAGAGCAGUGAUUCGCCAAGUUCAUCUGACGGACAAUUGAAAUCCAAUGAAAAUGGGAAAUGGAGUGGCGAAAGCAAGGGUUUCCAGGUGCAAAACGAGGACAAGAAUGAUAUGUUUAAUGUCAAGGAAGCUAGUAAUAGUGGUAGCGUGGAAAAAUGCGAUGAAAAGCAAGUCUUGGGAACCAAAAACGUGGACACGGCUAAAAUGAGGAAACCGCGAGUUCGGGAAGGUUAUGGAUUGUAUCAGGUGAAAAAGGGGAAGUUCUCGGAUAAAAUGAAGAUAUCAGAAGUUAUGACCUCACCAAAAGAAAAAGUUAAGCCUGGAGAAAAUCAGCUAAAAGACGGGCCAAAGAAGAAGAGUCCCACCAAGGGAAAUGUAAGCAGCAUUAGGAAUGAAAAUGCAGCAGAAAGUGAACAGAAAUCUGGAAAGUCAGAGCGGUCGUCUUUGGAUGGAGAUAAUGAAGCCAUCAGUGGUUAUAACAGAGAAGAGUCUGCUAAAAGUAGGAGCCUUUCUGCAAAUAUUCAGGUGAACAAAAAAGAUUUUCACGAGGGAAACACUGUUACGAACACUUUACAUUCUAAAGAGAAGAAAUUUGUGAAAGAAGACUGGGAUCUUUCUCACUCUUCUCAUCAAGUUGCUAGCAAAGCUGAAGAGGAAAAGGAAGAUUCAAAGAGACCUAUCAGUGCAGAUCAACCAAAUAUACCAGUUAUGGAAACUAAAAUGCCUAACAAAGAUGAAAAGACCUCUGGGGAAGCAAACAGUAGGAACGAUAGUUUAAAAAGAAGAUUAACUGAUUGUGAGAAAAAAGGGGAAGAUGUAAUUGACAUACAAGAAGGUAAAAAUGCAAAAGAUGCAUGUGCCCAUUCCAAGGAGAGCAAAAACAACACGAGCUUAGGGCAGCAAAAAAUUGCAUCAAAAGAGCAAAAGCCACAUACUGUAAAAGGCAUUGGGAGAGGAAAAGUGUUGUUAAAGCAGACAUCAGGCAAAGGGAAAGAGCGUUUGAAAGAUAGAAAAAAGCCCCCAUUUAGAAGAAAAAAGUCUGUUGAAAAACAAACAGAGGAUUCUAAGUUUAAUGAAGCUGGAAAUGAAAGUAAUGUUGAUCCUAAAAAUCCCAAAGAUGGUGUGUUUGCAAAUGACUCUGGAAAUAGAACUAAAGAAAACACAUUAAAGGAAGUGAAAGGAAAGGCAACUUUUUCGGAUACGGAUAAGGAAAUUUGUGAUCAAGAAAGUCUUGAAGCAUCUUCAGAUAAUACAAACAAAAAAGCCGGUAUCAUAAUUUUACCAUCUCCAGGUCUUUUAGAGCAAGCUGAGGCUCAGAGGGAUGUCCAGAAAGCAGAAAAAGAUAAUGAACAAAUUGAAACUUCAAAAGGCUUCCAAAAGCUUCAAAGACCUGCAGGAUUUGACCCGAAGAAACCUAGAGGGAAAGCGAAGAUUAUAAAUGAGAAACAAAAGGAAACUAUUUCUGAAAAAGAGAAUCUGACGAUUUCAUCAUCAGAUGAGAAAGUAUGGUCUCGCAUAAAGUCUGAAUGUAACAAGAUGAAAGGAAAAUUAGCAAAGAGCUUUCUUGAAUUAGAGGACAUUGAAGAAAUUUUGGAACUGUCUACAUUACUUCAAGACUUGUACAAAGAGCUUAUUGUCAAGCACCAGGAUUUUUCAUUUGAAAAUGAUGUUGAGAGCUCUUUAUGGAAGAAUACUUUUCAUAAUGUCAUCACAAAAAUAAGAGAGUUAUUAGAUGAAAAACCAAAUGGCCGUGACAUUAAUGAAAUUGUUCAGUUUUAUUGGAAUUUUCUUCAGGAUGGGGAUGAUUUCUUGCAAGAGAUGCUUUUGUCCCUGCAGGAGGAAUGGAAAUUUGAUUUAGAUGCUUUUGUGAAAAAUCCUUUGAAAAUGGUUGGUUGCAAAAAGCAAGUUAAAUAUGCCAUCAGAAGUUGCCAUUUGAUCUUGUUAAAUUUGGGUGACCUAGAGAGAUAUAUCACAGAUUUGCAGCAAGAUUUAAAUUAUUCAAAAGCCAAUGAAAAUUACCUGAAAGCACAGUUGCUGGCACCAAAAAAUGGCAAGUCGUACAACCAACUAGCUGUUGUUGCUGUUAAGAGCAAGAAGAAACUUGAUGCUGUUUACUAUUACAUAAGAAGUUUGGAGACAAGCAAGCCAAUAGAAUCAGCUAGAGAGCGACUCCUAGGAAUAUUUCAUGAAAUCAAGAAAAAGGCUGAUUUCACGAAGAAACAGUGCCUGGAAAAGUCUGUAAUGGCUGAGGAUUUUGAAUGGCAGAGAAUGGAAGAAAAUAAAGCAUUUGAUAACGAUUUUUCAAAGUAUGCCUAACUUUAAUGUAGAUAUUUUCUAUAGUAACCAUAUUUUUGUACCUUUGUGGUAUGUAUCCUGAUUUUAAUCCCAGAUCAAAUCUUGUCUGACAAUAUCUAUAGGUAAUUGAGAAAGAUACUAUAGACUCAUAAAA